AUGAAGGUAGAUGAUACUGAUAAUGGGUCAAUGAAGGUAGAUGAUACUGAUAAUGGGUCAAUGAAGGUAGAUGAUACUGAUAAUGGGUCAAUGAAGGUAGAUGAUACUGAUAAUGGGUCAAUGAAGGUAGAUGAUAGUGAUAAUGGGUCAAUGAAGGCAGACGAUACUGAUAAUGGGUAUAUGAAGGCACAUAAUACUGAUAAUGGGUCAAUGAAGGCAGAUAAUACUGAUAAUGGGUCAAUGAAGGCACAUAAUACUGAUAAUGGGUCAAUGAAGGCAGAUAAUACUGAUAAUGGGUCAAUGAAGGCAGAUAAUACUGAUAAUGGGUCAAUGAAGGCAGAUAAUACUGAUAAUGGGUCAAUGAAGGCAGAUAAUACUGAUAAUGGGUCAAUGAAGGCAGAUAAUACUGAUAAUGGGUCAUUGAAGGCACAUAAUACUGAUAAUGGGUCAAUGAAGGCACAUAAUACUGAUAAUGGGUCCAUGAAGGCAGAUAAUACUGAUAAUGGGUCAAUGAAGGCAGAUAAUACUGAUAAUGGGUCAAUGAAGGCACAUAAUACUGAUAAUGGGUCCAUGAAGGCAGAUAAUACUGAUAAUGGGUCAAUGAAGGCAGAUAAUACUGAUAAUGGGUCAUUGAAGGCACAUAAUACUGAUAAUGGGUCAAUGAAGGCAGACGACAGUGAUAAUGGGUCAAUGAAGGUAGAUGAUAGUGAUAAUGGGUCAAUGAAGGCAGAUGAUACUGAUAAUGGGUCAAUGAAGGCACAUAAUACUGAUAAUGGGUCAAUGAAGGCACAUAAUACUGAUAAUGGGUCCAUGAAGGCAGAUAAUACUGAUAAUGGGUCAAUGAAGGCAGAUAAUACUGAUAAUGGGUCAAUGAAGGCACAUAAUACUGAUAAUGGGUCCAUGAAGGCAGAUAAUACUGAUAAUGGGUCAAUGAAGGCAGAUAAUACUGAUAAUGGGUCAAUGAAGGCAGAUAAUACUGAUAAUGGGUCAAUGAAGGCAGAUAAUACUGAUAAUGGGUCAAUGAAGGCACAUAAUACUGAUAAUGGGUCCAUGAAGGCACAUAAUACUGAUAAUGGGUCAAUGAAGGCAGAUAAUACUGAUAAUGGGUCAAUGAAGGCACAUAAUACUGAUAAUGGGUCAAUGAAGGCAGAUAAUACUGAUAAUGGGUCAAUGAAGGCACAUAAUACUGAUAAUGGGUCAAUGAAGGCAGAUAAUACUGAAAAUGGGUCAAUGAAGGCAGACGACAGUGAUAAUGGGCCAAUGAAGGUUCGAUUCCCAGGCUGA